AUGAUCGGUUCCAGCAUCUCGUUUGGUUUAAACAUGUGGGCUGGUAUUCAUGGCCGUGGUGCUUCAGGAAAUGCCGAAGCAAGGCUGAAUGAAACUGCAGUCGCUUCAGCACGACAAUGCGCCCAGCCUCACUACGCUCGAGCGGUUAGAGAUCAUUUGAACGAGUCGCUUUCCGCAACCGAGAACCGCGAAGCCGACGAUGAGUUAGAAAUUGAAGCUUUCGUGCAUUUGAACCCUGUUUAUGCAGGAAUUGUUCCAUUAGUCAUAGCUUUAAGGAAAACAAUUAAAGAAUGA